AUGUAUCUCAGACAUCAAGAUGACGAAAUUAUCCAUGUCCGUACAGAAUUACAACCGAACAAGCAGAUCAAACUUGUUUUGAAGGUGAAUAAUUUCUUGUUUCCUAAUGAGGUUUGUGUGGUAACCUAUCUGACAUUUUUAACAUUCUUCAGACUUAUUGAUGAUAAAUUGCAUAGUUACCAGUAUAUACACCGAUCAGACCUUAUGGAAGAGUAUGAUGGUGACAGCUCAGUGCAUGCUAUGACAAGCUUUGAGUCCGGGGAUGUAACGAAAUUGGUGUUGUUUGUUGGAAACAGUAUCAAGAUUGUCACUUGGAGAAGGGAUUCCGAACUGUUUCACAUAGUAGAAACAUUUAUUAUCAAGAAUAAUGAGUUCCCAAAGACAAUCGAAACAAGUCCCAUAUUAAUUGCCGGACCACAACCGGCUGGUGCUAAAGCAAUCGCAUUGCAUAGUAUUCUGGGGAUGGUCACAACCAUCAAGACUGAACAAUCCAAAGUUUCAAAAUUAAAUGAACAAUGGGUAAAUCAGACUUCGUAUUUGGGCUCAAUAACAGUUUUGUUUAUGACAUUCUUGAAUAGACCAAAUGGAGAAGAUCAGCCUGUUUUGGCUGUUGUGUAUAAGGACUUCAAUUUUGCAUGUUCCCUUCGGUAUUAUGUGCCCGAUGCUGUCAGUGGGAAAUUUGUUGUCAGUAGACAAUUUCAAGAAUUUGAAGCUCCACCACAGGGUAUAGUGGCACUCAAGCAAGGAGGAUUAUUGGUAUUUUCAGAUAUAUAUGCCUUGUAUUUCCCAGAUCCGUUGGUUUCAUAUCUUUCACUUGACGACGAUGUUACAGACCCUAGUCUUUCAGUGAACUCCAACGAAAAUGUUCUCACGAAAGUCCUUGUAACAACGAGGGAUAGUAGUAUUGAUAUUGCUAGUCUCACUGCUUAUACAGUCAUUGAUUCAAAUAGGGUAUUGGCAAUUGCUACAUCCGGGAUGACAUUUAUGCUUCAUUUUGAUAUUUCUCCCCUAGCCUCGGGGCGGAAGGUAACCGUGAGGUCAUUUGGAGCCAUUAAAUUGAAUUAUACGACACCUGCUAAGCAAGUAGUUCACGUUGAUCGUGGGAUAUUCUUUGCAUCUUCUGACAUGUCAAGGUCAGUUCUUUUCAGUAUUUCAUCAACCCAUCCUUUCGUUCACAUAUCACAAUAUUUCGAUACAUCACCUCCAGUUCUUAAUAUAGAAGCCAGAAAUAAGCAAAUAUUUGUAUGCCAAGGAGGUUAUGAAAGUGGAGAGUUUAGAAAUAUUUCAAGAUCUAAAAACAUCCCUAAAGUUUUGCAUAAAGCGGAUUUUCCCUCUGGGUGUUAUUUGAAGACAUUUGAGAACUCUCUUGCCAUUUUGCUGAUUGAUCAUCAAUUACGGGGAAUAAUAUCAAUUGAGCAAAGUUCUUUUGUCCAACCAAAAUUCAAUGUUCUUGAGAAUGGUACUACAAAUAUAUCUGGUUAUAACUUCGAUACCAAAGGGGUGCAUUAUCAAGCCAUAAGUGCAAAUGGAACUAAUGUAAUAUCCUCUAGUGGAGUAUUUGAAAAUGGUAAAAAAAAGUAUGAUGAAAAGGAGGAAAUUAUUGCAGGUGUUAAACUACCAGAAAUUGAAGUUAUAACUACUCAAUCUUCAAUGAAAAUAUAUAUAAAGGAUACAUUAGAAGAUGAAAUUUCUCUAACUGAGCUUGACUCGUCUCAAAUUGUAUCUGUGAAAUUUCAUACUCAUGAUAAUGAUUUUUUUGUAUUGCUUACUUAUGAUAGUGGGCUUUACAAACUUUACCAUAAGAAGUUACAUUUUGGAUUGGUGUCUAUGGGGUUUUUGCCCGUUGAAGGUGUAGUUUUUUCAACUGCACUUCAAUAUCAACGAGAGGCAUGUCUUCUAUGGAUGUUUUUCACUAUGCAAGAUGGUAAACUUUUACAAUUGUGCUUCGAUUUGGAAAAGUCAAUAAUUGAGUCGACGAAAACAGUCGAGGAGCAAAUUUCGGAAACUCCACUUCAUGUUUUUGCUGCUCAGGAUGGUUCCAGUCUGCCGGUAUUUAUGUAUAACGAUGAAUCCAUCUGGGCGCUCACAUAUGACUUGUUUAUUGAUUUCUAUCAAAUUACAUUAAACCCAAUAAAGAGGAAUAAUAUUUCUCAGAUUUCAAUUUUAGAGUCUUGUUUGGCAAUUCUAUACAGCACAGGGAGGAUAGAAAUUCUUUCCCUUAGUGAUGUACAUGCUACUUCAAAACUUCGUAAUAAGGAACCCAAUGCUAUGGUGAUGGAUCAAUUAAUUUUGAAGUCCUUAAAGUUGACACGGUCGAAGUACACUUUAUUAUUAUGUUCAAAGUACAAAUAUAAUAAGUCAACAGCAAUAAUUGAGAAGAAGUCAGCUCUAAAAUUGAUGAACCAAGAUGACAUGUCAGAGAUUACCACAUUUCCACUUCCAUUCAAUGACCCAAUCGAUGUAUGUGAAAUUUUAUCGUUAGACGAUUCAAUCAAUGUUGUUGUUCUUGACUCGGAUGAAUUGAACGACCAGCCACUUCUGGUAUUCACAAUCGAUGGUGUAAAUAUACGUCCCAGGCAGUCGAACUUUAAUUUUGAUACAAUCUCUAACCAAAAGUUGCAAACUAUUACUCAUGUCACACACUUCAACAAACCAGAUAGUUCAUUAUUUCUCCUUUCGGGUACGUCAAACGUCUUAGUUGAGGUAACCGAAAACUUUAAUAUAUUCUCGUGGGAGACUGUGUCAAACGUGGUGAAACAAAAGACCUUCUCUGCUGAAGUGGCCAUUAGUGGCGAUACAUUGGCUAUAUCUGAUGUAGUAGCUGGUGCUAGCUUGUAUGAAAUUAAAGAACACUCGUCAAAAUGGAAAUAUAAACUUCAACCUAUGGCUUCUGGGGUAGUUGAAGGGGAGCCAUUUUCAAUGGGGUUGGCUAUAACAAAUGUGAAGUUAGAGAAGGGGUAUUUAGAUACACUUUGGGUUGGACUUCCGGAUAAUGGGAUGCAAUGUAUUAGUCUCUCGGGUGAUGAAACUCCUAAUUUUGAAGGUUUAGAUGGAAGAACCAAUGUAAUAAAGGCUUUUAAUUUUAAAUAUGAUUUUGAAGAUCAUGGGAAAAAUGAAGUCCAACCGUUAGUAGUUGCCGGAACGGCCAAUGGAUCAGUUUACUUAACGACUGCGUUGAGGGGUAAGAGUAGAGAGGUUUUUCAGGUAUUUGCAAGGGAGUAUGCCCAAAUGUCUGAGUGUUUGACAGAAGAGAUCCCAACUGGUAAUGCAAUUCGAGAAUUUGUGGAAUUAGCACACAUCAACCCUGAAGAACAAGUAGAAGUAUUUACAAACACUUUUCAAAUUAUGAGAUCAAUGCAGCGACUUGUAUUUGAUAUGGAGAAUAUAUCAUGUGAUACUAGAUAG